UGUCUUUCAAUUCGGUGGUCGCGGUGCAACAGCACUGAAUUGGAAUUGUGUUCAAGAGGUUUGGGAUUGUGGGUUAGUGUGUGCGUGCGUGCGAGUUUGAGAGAAGGGGGUUUUGAAGCUCAGGUUGCAAAUAUUUUGGUAGCUAUGGCGGGGUUGGUGGUGCAGGCGGGGAGGUGUGCAGGGGUGGCUUCACUGUCGUUGGCUUCCUCGUCGUCGAGUCAUGUGAAGGGAUCGAUUCCAGCGCCAUGUUUUGCAGUUGUGGACCGAAAGGAUGCCAGCAGCAGACGGACAGGGAGUGUGCGCGUCACAGCCAGCUUGCAAAGCAUGGUGUCGGACAUGAGCAGGAAAGCACCGAAAGGUCUGUUCCCUCCCGAGCCCGAGGCUUACAAGGGGCCCAAGCUCAAGGUCGCCAUUAUUGGCGCUGGUCUUGCGGGCAUGUCCACCGCUGUUGAGCUUCUCGAGCAAGGCCACGAGGUGGAUAUCUAUGAGUCGCGAAAGUUCAUUGGUGGUAAAGUGGGGUCCUUUAAAGAUAAGGAUGGAAACCAUAUCGAGAUGGGUUUACAUGUCUUUUUCGGGUGCUACAACAAUCUGUUUCGCCUCCUAGCUAAGGUGGGGGCAGACAAUAAUUUACUACUCAAGGAUCACACUCACACUUUUAUUAACAAAGGCGGCAACGUUGGAGAGUUGGACUUCAGAUUUCCAGUGGGAGCACCUCUGCACGGCAUAAAAGCGUUUGUCACCACAAAUCAGCUUGAACCUUUUGACAAGGCGGCGAACGCAGUGGCAUUGGCAACUAGUCCAGUUGUGCGAGCGUUGGUCGAUCCUGAGGGGGCUAUGCGUGAUAUCCGGGACUUGGAUAAGGUGAGUUUCUCUGAUUGGUUCAUUUCUCAUGGCGGAACUCGCAUGAGUAUCAAGAGGAUGUGGGACCCUGUAGCCUACGCUUUGGGCUUUAUUGACUGUGACAACAUCAGCGCCCGGUGCAUGCUUACCAUCUUUGCCUUCUUUGCAACCAAAACCGAGGCUUCAGUGUUACGAAUGCUCAGUGGUUCUCCUGACGAGCGCUUGAAUGGACCCAUUGCUAAGUACAUCAAGGAGAAAGGUGGCAGGUUUCACUUAAGAUGGGGCUGUCGGGAGGUCCUUUAUGAUCGCACUCCUGAAGGGGAGACUUAUGUGACUGGGUUAGUUAUGACAAAGGCAACUGAGAAGCAGAUCGUCAAGGCAGAUGCAUACGUGGCAGCUUGUGACGUGCCAGGAAUUCAUAGACUAUUGCCACAGCCUUGGCGUGAGUGGGAGUUUUUCGAAAACAUCUACAAGCUUUCAGGAGUUCCCGUGGUGACAGUGCAGCUGCGAUUUAAUGGUUGGGUUACUGAAAUGCAGGAUUUGGAAUCUUCAAGGCAGCUGCAACGAGCUGCUGGGGUGGAUAAUCUGCUGUAUUCAGCUGACGCUGAUUUCUCGUGUUUCGCGGAUCUAGCAUUGACUUCACCUGAGGACUACUACAAAGAAGGAGAAGGCUCUCUUAUUCAAGCGGUUUUGACUCCCGGAGAUCCAUAUAUGCCCUUGCCAAAUGAAAAGGUGGUGAAGGCCGUCCAUGAACAGGUUCUGCGUCUCUUCCCCUCGGCCAAUGGCCUUGAAAUGACAUGGUCAUCAGUGGUGAAGAUAGGGCAGUCAUUGUACCGUGAAGCACCAGGCAUGGACGUGUUCCGACCUGACCAGAAGACUCCCGUCUCCAACUUCUUCCUUUCAGGGUCCUACACCAAGCAGGAUUACAUUGACAGCAUGGAGGGAGCGACUCUGUCAGGACGACAGACCUCUGCUCGCAUCAACGAAGCAGGUCAAUUUCUUCACGACCUGCGACAGAAAGUGGACAAGACAGAAGUAGAGGCGUCCCUAAAUGAGUUGACGUUCGUGUAAACGGUGAACGUUGAGAGCUGAGUUUAUAUUGACUGGAAAACUGAGAAUUGUACUUAAGGAACUUUUGAUCAUCGUCUCUUCAAGGCAAAGCCUGUGGAAGCACAGACUUAGCCUUACUGGGUCACCUAGGCAAGCACUUGGUUCUUUAAUGGACUCGAUGUGUUUAUUUUCUAAAAAAAUUGAUUCUUUUAGAGGCGUUUGAAUAUGUAAAAUGAUGAAAAUUAUCUCAAUGUGCUAGCACCGAGGGUUCAUGUACACUCGUAGUGGAGUUGGCAAACAAACUGCCGAAAGGGCAAACCAUUUAAACAAAGUUGCAAACACGGUGAUAGUAAA